AAAGCAAUCAGCCGCAGCUUGGCGGCGAAGCAGCUCACAUCUCCAACCACUUGCCUUUAGCGAGCUCACUUUUCUGCGUGUGGCCCGGCGGGUUGGAGAGGGAGUGCUUGAGCAGUCAGCAUGCUCUUUAUUCGCCCGACGGUCUCCCAAGGUGACGCUUACAGCCCGCAUCAUGCCGUACCACAGCAUGACCCUGGGCUCACGACGAUGCCGCAACGAACGCCAUUCGAUCGACAGGGCAGCGCCCCGAAGUGGUGGCUGCAGCCAACGUCAACCAUCGCGGGCUUGAGCUUGCGCGCUGCUCAGCCUUUCUGUACAUAACACAGCUGCCCUCGCCUGAUCACCGCGUUCUUUUGCACUCCUCACACUUCGCUUCAGCUAUACGCUGAUCGUCUACAGUUUCUCGCACGGCAUGACGCUCUGAGGUCCACGCACCUGCAUAGCACGUAUCCGCCCGGAUGGAUUUAACAUAAUGUUUACACACAUAAUAUGCGCCUUUCUCGCACCAGCGCUCGCAGCCGCCGCAGCCUUCCCGUGGGCACCUCCACAGCCAACUCUCGUCGUUCCGGCACCAGAUAACUGGAGUCCCGCUCCAACUAAAGCACCACAUGUCGGCGCCAUCGAGCUCUUCAGGCGCGCUGGCCUAGACAACACAUGUGGAUUUAUAUCCGGCAUUUCCACAUCAUCCUUAACAUGUUACAACUCCGACUAUGUCUGCGCAACGAACACCUACUACGGCGUCCACGGCUGCUGCGACCCAAAUGACAUGUCCGCAUGCAGCAUUCCCACAACAUGCAUCCCCAGCAGCUUGAUGUCCGCCAGCUGCACCAACUCGGUCUGCUCUGACAACGGCUACAUUGCAAAAUGCACCGGCACCGAGGCGCCGAAUUGCUACGAGUGGCUCUACGUUUAUUCGACGGAGAGAACGACGACGUUGACCGAGUACGGAUGUGCUGCCGAGGCAGCUACUAUGGUUAUUGAGCGCACAUGGAGUGGAAUGGUCACUACUGCAGCACGCUCAGAAUUGCAGGCUUCGGGGACAGAAGGCUCGGGGCCGACUAAGACGACCGCGUCGAGCACGACGACAGAUGUGCCCGCGACUACAUCUCCGACAGCUAUGCAGGACACCGAGCACAAGUCCAAAUCAAACAACACUGGCGCCAUCGUCGGCGGCGCAAUAGGUGGUCUCAUAGUCCUGGGCGCCAUCGCCUGGGGCAUCGUCUACCUCAUCCUGCGAAACCGACGACUCGAACGCGAGGCCGCCACUGUCGCCCAUCAAUCAUGGAUCAGCGGGCAGUCAGGACCAGCUCCAGGUGUUACAGAGUUUAAUCCGAAUGGGUUUAUGAGUGGCAUGAGCGCAGCGGCAUACGAUGAGCAGCAGCACAAAGCGUGGAGUCCACAUAAGGUGCAUCAUUCACCAAACAAUUCGAUGUCGCCGGAAUGUGCUGGGCAAGGAGCGACCUUGUUUGGGGUUGUGGAGACGGCGGGGACGCCUGUGCACGAGGCGCCGACUUAUGAACGAUGAAGCGUAUUUUCGGUGUACGGGUCUGGGAAUGGGAUAUUAACAGUAUGGAUAUGGCUUUCCUUGGAGGAUAUAGAUCAGCAACGCAUCGGUUAUUCCGCAUAGCGCAUAUGGGCAUGGACACAGGACUGAGGCAUAAUGGCGUUCGUUAGCUGGCUCUCACGGUGGGGGAUCUCUCCGGAUAUACGACGUGCGUAACAGCCACCCUGGGGGUCUUCGCCGGUGCGUACAAUAGAACGUAUAGUUAGCUGAGCGAUCUUACUUAUUUGUACGGCGAGCCCUUAAACCUGGAGAAUUCCCUACUGCAAGAGGCUGGGACUAUACCCUGGGAUAUUUGGCCCUACAGCAUUGAACAUCGGAUACAAAGCUAGCAUCACCUAUGGGAAUUGUUGUUCGAAGACGAAG